AUGUCUUCUCAUGACCCAUCAUGUCCUUUCUGCAACAUUGCUGCAACAAACCCACCCGCCCCGUUCAAUGAGCCCGAGCCCGUUUCAAGUCCUGAAGAGUCGGCACCAAUCGGGACGGCGCAUCUGAUUUUGUCAACGGAGCAUGUGCUUGCUUUCUUGGAUAUCAUGCCCUUGACCCGCGGGCAUGUCCUUUUAGCGUCACGGGCGCAUUAUGAGAAGCUUGGUGACAUGGGGGUUGCGGCUGGACAGGAGAUGGGGAAAUGGCUGCCUAUCAUCUCGAGGGUCGUGACGAAAACCAUCUUCGGCGAUGAUCCGGAUAGACAUUGGAAUGUUGUCCAGAAUAAUGGUGCCCGAGCUGCACAGCAAGUCCCCCAUGUGCAUUUCCACAUUAUUCCUCGCCCAUCAGAUUUCGCUCACAAGCCAAGCUUUGCCAUGUUCGGUCGCGGACAGCGACAUGAACUUGACGAUGAUGAGGCUGUGGAUUUGGCUCGUGCUAUGAGGUUUGCGCUGGCACAAGAGGUGAGGCGUAUCCACAGAGAGGAGGGUGUGGAUCUCAGCCAGGCAGCGGAGAAAGGCAAAUUGUGA